AUGUUUGUAUUGUUGUUGUGGAUCCUAUUUAUGGCGGUCGUAUUAGCCGAUGAUACUGGAUUUAAACAAGGUGACAAUGAGCACCAAGAAGAGGAAAAAGGUUGGCUCGAGCGUCACAGCCACUUUAUCAUCAUUGUCGUGCUUGGCCUACUCAUUUUUUCACUCUUGAUCUGGUACGUGGUCAAGAGCAUCCAAAGCAUGAGGAAACGACUAGCAGCCGAAAACGAAAAACAUCGAUUCCUUACCGAGCAACUUACGGGUGCACGACCUUAUCAACCACAUCCAAUCUCUGAAAUCGUGCCAACCAGUCAACAUGAAUACCAAAAGAUGGAUAGCACGCCACACGUUCACCGAUAUUAG